GGCCCCUAAAAAAUGACUGAUACGACUUUCUGGCAAAAUUACUAUUUCUGAAGACAAUUCUCUUACUUUUGUAGACAAGUUCCUGCAUUUCCACGCCGAGAAUGGAUACCUUGAUCAUAGUAAGUCUAUUAUAGCGGCACGGAUCAGGUGGAGCUCCAGUGGCAAGGAUGACGCCGCACUUCUCGAACCCCGCCGUUGCAUCGUUUCCAUUGCUGUUCUAUCCACAUAGUGAUAUCAUCCGGUAGUUCUACGCAUUAUAGGAAUCCACGAUUUGUCUUUUCCACGCAUCGAUAGCAAUUAGGUAUACGGGAUUGUUCACCACACUGAUUGGAUCAAUAUGGCAGCUUCACAUUCGGUACUCGAAUUGCCACCCUCUAUGGAGACCGUCUCGGUUUCUCUCAUUGACACUGGUGCACGACUGGAUCUUCCCGCCGAGCAGUUCAUGACCCCCGAGAUUCCAGGCUAUGACCGACUGGCGGUGCCAUCAUAUUCGUUUCUGAUCACUCACCCCUCCGGGAAGAGACUAUUGUUCGAUCUAUCUCUUCGAAAAGACUUUCAGAACCUCGCUCCGCCGUUUAGAGACAUUUGCACGGACCCAGGAAGUGGAUGGAAAGUCUACUCUCCCCGCAGCGUCUCUGACAUACUCGUCGAAAACGGCAUCCCAUUAGAUGAAAUAAAUGCUAUCAUUUGGUCUCAUUACCAUUUUGACCAUAUUGGUGACCCUUCAUUAUUCCCUAGUACUACAGACUUGGUAGUGGGGCCGACCUUCAUCAGCAGAUUUGCACCAGGGUACCCGGAAAAGCCAGAUGCACCAGUCAGAUCAUCCGACUGGAGAGGACGGUCUUUGCGGGAGAUGGACUUUGAUCAACACCCUGAGAAGGUAACUAUUGGGAGAUUCAAAGCAAUCGACUGGUUUGGCGAUGGGAGCUUCUAUCUGCUGCAUACACCAGGCCACACUCCAGAACAUAUGUGCGGCCUCGCGAGAGUACAGCCAGAUUCGUUCAUUUUGAUGGGAGCGGACUGUGCUCACCAUCCCGGAGAGUUUCGACCCACCAAGCAGAGUCCUAUUCCGGAGAUCAUUCAACCCUCCCCCUUGCCGUCUCAUCCGCAGUACGGGACAGUCUGUCCUGGUCAUAUAUUCGCCCAGCUAGGGUACAAGCCAGGAAGCACCGAUACGCCUUUCUUUAUACCUGCUCCAGACUAUACUCAUGACUUUGAUGAGUGCUGUCGGUCUGUGAACGGAAUAGCGGAGUUCGACGCUAGUGAUCAGGUUCUUGUCCUUAUUGCUCAUGACCACACCAUGUUACCCAUCUUCAAGGGCGAGGAGGAUGGUGGUGUUGGCUGGUUUUUCCCGAGGAGAUCAUUGGAUAAGUGGAGGGAAGCUGAAUUAAAGAAGAAGGGGAGGUGGCUGUUUCUGGAAGAUUUCGAGGUCCCUUCUACUGAGAGUUGAUAUUGGUUCACGGCGAUCUUCUACAUUAUUAUGAAGUAAAUCUUGGUCAUGCUUACUGCUGUUUUGUUAGUAUCCAACGACGCAGCACUAAUAUAACCAACAAUAAAUCACUC